UUGCCUGGCAUUUGUCGCGAUAUGUCCAGCACUUCUAUUUCGGACAACGUCUUCAAACAGUUAAAACUAAACGGCCUGUAGAUUUUAUAAACUUCACCUGGUUCAUAUGAGUAUGACACUCACACACGGGGCGGUUGAAGCCCUGGUGAAAGGCUUACCAGUAUACAAUCCCGUGCUGCAGCUGCUGAAUAUGCGUAAACUCAACAGUCCGUCAGGCACAUCCAGGUACCGUCUUAUGAUGAGCGACGGUCAACGCUCUUUUACUUCCUUCUUGCUGGACACCCAAUUAAACCAUCUGGCAGAAGAGAACCUCCUGGUACCAAACUGUGUUUGUAAACUGACAAAGACCAUACUUGAGACAUUGAAAGAUGGCAGGCGAGUGUUGGUGGUGACAGGUAUCGAGAUUCUGCAGAAGGCUGAGGAAACUGGUGGGAAGAUUGGAAAUCCCACUCCAUAUAAAGCAGAUGAUGAGACAUCACAGAGUAUGGACUCGGGCACUUCUGUCUCUGAAGUCUCUUCAUCAGCGGCCGUACCUGGACCCUCUGAUACAAACAACAGCACCCCCUCUCCUCGAGGCUAUGGGAGUGGAUUUGGAGCGACAGCUUCGCCCAUGAAGACUUCGCCCAUGAUGACUUCGCCUAUGAGAGCUUCGCCCAUGAAGGCGUCACCGAUGAAGGCGUCGCCCAUGAAGACUUCGCCCAUGAAGGUGUCACCCAUGAAGGCGUCACCCAUGCAGGCGUCGCCCAUGAAGACGUCACCCAUGAAGACGUCACCCAUGAAGACUGGUUCUGUGAUUUCUAUUGCUAAACUCAACCCUUACCAAACCAACUGGACUAUCAAAGCACGAGUCACCAAUAAGUCCAAUGUCCGCUCCUGGAGCAACUCCAAAGGGGAGGGCAAGCUCUUCUCCUUUGAGAUAGUGGAUGAGAGUGGAGAAAUCAGGCUCACAGCCUUCAACAAGGAAGUGGACAGGUUUUUCACUUUACUGGAGCAAGGAAAGGUGUACUACAUCUCCAAAGCUACGGUGAAGAUCGCCAACAAACAGUUCAACAGACUGAAGAAUGACUAUGAGAUUACCCUCCAUGCUCAUUCCUCCAUUGUGUUGUGUGAUGACAGUCAAGGUGUCCCCACACUGCACUUUGACUUUGUGCCCAUUGCGGAGCUGGAAAACAAAGAGAAAGACACCAUCCUUGAUAUUAUCGGUGUGUGUAAGAGUGCAGAGGAUGUAUCCAAAAUCACCACUAAGACCAGCAGAGAAGUUUCCAAGAGGGCCAUCAGCCUGAUAGACACAACUGAAACAGUGGUGACAGUCACACUGUGGGGAGAGGAGGCAGAGAAGUUUAAUUGCACAAGGGAGCCUGUGGUUGCCAUUAAAGGAGCUCGCUUGUCAGAUUUUGGAGGCAGAUCUCUCUCUACUUUGUUCAGCUCAACAGUCAUGGUCAACCCAGACAUACCAGAGGCUUUCAGAUUGAGGGCCUGGUACGACCAGGAAGGCUAUGCUGUUGAGAGCCAGUCCCUGACAUACACAGGGUCAGCGAGCAGCGCAUCGAGGAUAAACUGGAAAACACUGAGUGAUGUAAAGAAUGAACAGAUGGGACAAGACGAGAAGGCGGAGUAUUUCAGCUGUGUGGCAACAGUUGUGUACACUCGCAAGGAGAAUUGUCUGUACCAGGCUUGUCCGUCUGCAGACUGCAACAAGAAGGUUAUAGAACAACCUGACGGGAUGUACCGCUGCGACAAGUGUAACAGACAGUUUCCAAACUUUAAAUACAGACUCAUACUUUCUGCCAACUUGGCAGACUUCGGGGAUAACCAGUGGGUGACGUGCUUCCAGGAGACGGCUGAGGUCCUGUUGGGUCACAGUGCGGACACACUGGGACACUUAAGAGACACGGAUGAGACCGCAUUUGAGGAAGUCUUCCAGAAAGCCAACUUCACAACCCACAUUUUUAAAAACAGAGUCAAGCUUGAAACAUACAACGACGAGAGUCGAGUGAAGGUAACCGUGAUGGAAAUCCAACCGCUUGACCACAGGGAAUACAGCAGGACUCUCCUCCGCAACAUCCACAAAUUGGCCAGCUCAACUUAGUCCCAGUGAUCCAAUCAGCUGCCUGGUAAUUGACCACGUCUUCAGCUGACCCCUGUUUGUCGUGUCCAACCACUUUUCCACCGGUGAGAUAAUGGUGUGUCUGACAGGGUGUGGCAGGAGGGCAUCGCGAGGUUCAUCUGAUUAACCGGCGGCCAAAACGAAAGACUGUCAUCUCGUUGUUCACUUCCUUUUAAAAGACGGUUGUGAAAUCCUGGAAAUACAAUGGGGAAUAAAUGUGACCCUUAAAUUCAGAGAAAGAGAAAGAAGUUUACAAGUUGUAGAAGUGUGUUUUAGAUGCACCAAUGUUUCCUUUGACUUUAAGUGUUUAUACAGGUCAGGGAUGGAAGAUGUAUAGAAUAGUUGGAAGAUAUUGCUUUUAAUUUUAGAAGAGAAGGUGUGUUAAAUGUGUGCUGCAUGUGAUUCUUUAAAAUAUCCUUGGUGUGUACGGCUGUUUGUAAAUUAACCUAUUUUUAAGUUAAAAAAAGAAGUUAUGUUUGUCUUUUAAAGAAAUACCCAAGUUGAAAGGUACAUUUAAACCCUAACAAAGCAUUAUCCCUAAUCUUAAUUUAUUGUCUUCCUCAGAAACUGUCUCAUAAGGACCAGGUUUUAGUCUCUACCAAAUA